CGACGGUGUUUCGGGUAAUAUUUUCUGCUUCCUUCUUCUAUCUAAUUAGAUUUGAUUUCAUUGCCAAUCUUUUUUCUUGUAUACGUUAAAUGAUUUUUUGCUCAUUGCCAACUUCGUAUGUAGCAUUAACUUCGACAGCUAAUUGAUAAAAUUCACUGGCUUUUACACUCUAAUUCUCACUAAUCCUUCAAAAGUAAGUCAAAAUACAAUCUGGGUAUAGGAAAAUUGGAUUAAAAUUUAUGAGCUUUGGGUUGUUUAAGUAUUUUCAUGUGCAUUCAUGAUGUUAUUGGUAAAUUUUAAUGCUUUUAUUUUGUUUCUUGUACUCUAGGUGAGCUCUGAUUCUUAAUUAAAGUUCAAACAAAAAAAAAAUGAUCAAAGUUUACAACUGUCGUCACAAAUUGUUGUUGGGGUGGAUUGCAUUGGUGAGAAGUUAUUGUUCAAGUGAAUCAACAAGGGAUGUUUUAGUUACAAGCAAAAAGUUUGUAAAAUCAUGAUGUCUUCUUCUCCAAUGGUGCUUGAUACAGCUCUUGAUCAAAGUGGGCUAAGGGUUUCACCUGAAGUAGUGGAGGAUGUUCUUAAGCGGUUCGAGAAUGCUGGUAUGUUGGCUUAUAGAUUUUUUGAAUGGGCAGAGAAGCAGCGGAAUUAUAUGCAUAGUAUUAGGGCUUAUCAUACUAUGAUUGAAUCUUUGGCUAAGAUAAGGCAGUACCAGAUCAUGUGGGAUCUUGUGAAUACGAUGAGGAACAAGAGCAUGUUGAAUGUUGAAACGUUUUGUAUUAUUAUGAGAAGGUAUGCAAGGGUUCAGAAGGUGGAGGAAGCGAUUUAUACAUUUAAUGUCAUGGAGAAGUAUGGUGUACCGCCAAAUUUAGCAGCAUUUAAUGGCUUACUAAGUACCUUAUGUAAGUCCAAGAAUGUGAGGAAAGCCCAGGAGAUUUUUGAUAGAAUGAAAGAUCAAUUUGUGCUGGACUCAAAAACGUAUAGUAUUUUGCUUGAAGGAUGGGGUAGGGCUCCGAAUUUGCCAAAAGCUAGGGAGAUCUUCAGAGAAAUGGUUGAUAUGGGUUGUGACCCUGAUAUUGUGACCUAUGGUAUAAUGGUUGACGUUGUCUGCAAGGCAGGGAGGGUGGACGAAGCUAUUGGAAUUGUUAGGGAAAUGGAUUCUAAUGGUUGCAAGCCAACCUCUUUUAUUUACAGUGUUUUGGUCCAUACUUAUGGGAUAGAAAACAGAAUUGAAGAUGCUGUUGAUGCAUUCCUAGAGAUGGAAAGAAAUGGAAUCAAGGCAGAUGUGGUUGUGUAUAAUGCUCUGAUUGGUGCUUUUUGUAAAGUAAACAAAUUAAAGAAUGUGUAUAGGGUCUUAAAUGAGAUGGAUUCCAAGGGUGUGGCACCAAACGCAAGGACCUGCAACAUCAUUCUCAACAGCUUGAUAGGCCGUGGAGAGACUGAUGAAGCUUUUAAGGUGUUCCGCAGGAUGAUCAAAGAAUGUGAACCAGAUUCAGACACGUAUACAAUAAUGAUAAAGAUGUUCUGUGAGAGAGAUGACUUAGACAUGGCAUUUAAAGUAUGGAAGUACAUGAAAUUGAAGCACUUUAUCCCAAGCAUGCACACAUUUUCAGUUCUCAUACAUGGAUUAUGUGAGAAGGGCAAUGCUGCUAAGGCUUGUGUCCUACUAGAAGAGAUGUUAGAUAAAGGCAUUCAGCCCUCAAGUCUGACCUUUGGGAGGUUAAGACAACUGCUUAUAAAAGAAGGGAGAGAAGAUGUACUCAAAUUUCUUCAGGAGAAAAUGAACCUCCUGAUCAAAGAACCUUUAUAUGAUUGAAGAAUUUUCUUUUCCGCUGUUAAUAAUGCUGGACAUAUGGAAUUCAAAUACUUGGUUACAACAUGGCACAUGGUAUUAAAGUACAUAUCAGUUUGUGCAGGUAACUUGUUUCUCUUUGAUUUUCUUCUAAAGCGGUGACAUUUAUUGGUUGUGACACAUAUAAAAGAAAGAAUAUAUGCUUGCUUCUUUUUUGUUUUCGCUCUCUUCUAACAAUUUCAGUUUUGCCUUCUGGCAAAAUAGCAUCUCUCCUUUUAAAUAGAGGUCACAAAAAGGGUGCGCAGAAUGCUGCUCCAGAUAUCAAAGGAAAAGUGCAGAUUAUAUCAGAAAACUCUCUUAUUCAAUUGAAGAAAGCAGAUGACAUAUUACAACAGUGAGCCAUAUGAAGCAUCCCGCUAGAGGAGUAGCAACCAUGUUUAGCUGAAUCCUUGUCUAUACUCUCUAGUAACUGAUGAAAGUGGAGGACGAGGAUUGUAAUUGGAUUUUUGGGCAUACUUAUAGAUAUCAUAGAAUGUUGAAUGCAAGAUUGGGCUCCCUGUAAGUCACGGUUUCUUUCAAGAGGAAAAUAGAACAAAUCGGCUCUUCGGUGCAAGGAUUUGCUCAGUUCUUGUGUUUUAGAUGUUAAUAAGAAUCAGAUGUCAAAUUGUCAUAGGCAAUUAGGCAAGCAAAAUAAUCAUAUAUGCUGUCUUGAUUAAUACUGUCUAGUGACUUCUAAGGUCAGAUAGAUUUAUGGAUGCAGCCUGGUUAUUUGAUCUUAUACCCAUUUUGCGAUGUUAAUGGGUAACGAAUUGAACUCACUCGUACAGUUUGAUUUUGUUUAGUGAAUUUACGCGCCAUCAUGAACAUGCACCACCCAUUUGCUUUCAUACAAACUGGAAUUUACUAAUACGUUGUAUUCAUUAUCUUCAUUAUAAGAAUAUUUG